GUGUGAUUCACCUGCCCUGAGCCAGCCCGGGUACCAGAUGGGACCCCCAGCCUCCCUCCCAUCCCUUUAAAAGCCCGGCAGGAGCUGCAGUGUGUGCCAAGCACUUGGAGCCACUGGCGCUGCCUAACCCCAUCACAUCUCUUGCAGCCCAGUGGCAGGGAGAGGCUGAGCGAUGGCCGAAGGGGAGAUCACCACCUUCACCGCCCUGACUGAGAAGUUCAACCUUCCCCCAGGGAACUACAAGAAGCCCAAGCUCCUGUACUGCAGCAACGGCGGCCACUUCCUGCGCAUCCUCCCAGAUGGCAAAGUGGAUGGGACCAGGGACCGGAGUGACCAGCACAUUCAGCUCCAGCUGAGCGCGGAAAGCGUGGGAGAGGUGUAUAUAAAGAGCACCCAGUCUGGGCAGUACCUGGCGAUGGACACCAAUGGGCUGCUCUAUGGCUCGCAGUUGCUGGGUGAGGAGUGCCUGUUCCUUGAAAGGAUUGAAGAAAACCAUUACAACACGUACAUCUCCAAAAAGCACGCAGAUAAGAACUGGUUCGUAGGUCUGAAGAAGAACGGGAACAGCAAGCUGGGGCCGCGGACUCACUAUGGCCAGAAGGCGAUCCUCUUCCUCCCACUGCCCGUCUCGCCCGACUAAGCACUGUCCCAGAGGCUCAGAGAUGACCCUGAACCCCAAAUUCCAGCUGUCACCUCCUCCUUUUCCCUCACUCUCUCUCUUUUGUCUAGUAUGACAGAGCCAAAUGUUAGAGCUCUGAGCUUUAGGUAAAGGCUUUACCAAAACAGACAGAGCAGAGCUCCUCUGCUCCACACGAAGCUUGGCAGAGAUGAGGCGAAAAGCCCCGACACCCUCCCAGGGUCCACCGGCACCCACCACCCCUUCCCUCUGCCGGUGCAUGCUGUGAGCAGGCUGCAGGUCCUGGGGGCACGCACGUACCCACUGUGGGCAGGCACCCAAAAUGUGGCCAAGGGCACCCCAAGGACACCCCAGUUACAGAGGAAUGCACGCUUUUACUGUCCCUGCCAUCCUAAAGCAAACCCCCACAGGUACUCUGUACUAACAUAUUCAACCAUCUAAGUAUGUAGCUUCUAAUAUGCCCUCUAAGCAAUUUGAUAUUGCAGCAACAGUCAUGUUAUCGAGUGCCAGCCUGGUUAAAUGAUAUCCUUGGUGUAUUAAGCUAAACUAGAAUCAGCCAAAAGCUCCAAGCCCUGGACAUCUUACCCUCCCUUUCAAUGUGCAUAUUGCUAUACGUCACGCUAGAACCUGCCAUAUGUUAUUUGUAUUUAUUUAUUGAGUAAAUAUGUCUCUUCUA